GAAAUGUUGUGUUUACUUUGAACAAAAAAAAACAAAAACAGUUAACAAUUUGGUUUCAAAAAUAUUUUGAUUUUUUCCUUUUGCACAUAUUAAAUUGUUACAAAAGCAGUCUUUUAAACAAUGAAUCAAUCAAUAUGGAUGAUUAUAAUAGGAAUAAUUCUCCUGGGAAAUGAAUUAAAAUGUCUUAAAGAAAAUGAUAUAAAAAAUAUUGAAUACAAUGUAAAAACAGGAUUGCUUUAUGAAGAAAUAACACCAUUUCAUAUAAUUAGCGACACAUGGGAAAUAUUAAUAACUUUAGAUAAUAUAAAUUGUAAAAAUGCCCUUAAAACAUUUUCCGAAAUGUUAGAAAAAGCACUAAUUCAUUGUAAGGAAUCAGCUCAAUUUAGAUGUCAUGAACGAAUUCAACAUGCAAGAUUAAAAAAUAAAAUUGAAAUGGCCGUUAAUAUAAGAUCAAGACUUUUAGAAGAAGUAAAUGAAUUAAAUUCAAAAUCAACAAUUACACAUGAAUCAUUAAAUAAUUUACGUAAAAAACGUCAAUUAUUAAAUAAUAAUAAUAAUGUAACAAUUGUUGAAUUUAAUUCAAAUUUAAUUGAAGAAAAUUUUGACAAUUAUACAAAUACUAUAAAAGCAGAACUUGAAAAUUUUAAUCAAUUAGAACCACAAAUUUUAACAGAAUUAAAAUUAUUAAAGGAUCAUUUAAAUAAUCCAUUAAAUAAUUCUAAAGAAUUAGAUGAAUUAAUGUAUUAUCAAAAAUUAAAUUUAAUUCUUAAUGAAGCAUCAUUGUCAUUGGAGAAAAGUAUUGAGGAAUAUAUUAAAUAUUUAGAGGCAAUGUUAAUUGUUGUUCAUUCAAUACAACAAGGUAAAAUACAUUCUUAUUUGUUGAAAAAAAAACAAUUAUUGAAUAUUAUUAAUAAAGUGGAAAAAUUAAAUAAAAAUUUACAAUUUCCAAUGACAAUUGAUGAGAUAAAUAUUCCUGAUAUUAUUCGUAUUUCAUCAAUGUCUUAUAAAAUAGUUGAUAAUGAUAAACUUCAUGUUACAUUGGAAAUUCCAUUAUCAAAAAAAACCAAAUACAUUCUUUAUCGAAUGCAUCCAAUUUAUAGGAAACAAGAAAUUUUAAAUAAUGGAACAGGUUAUGCUUAUAUUAAACCAAAUACACAAUUUAUUGCAAUUGAUGAACAUAAAAAAUAUUAUUUUCCAUUGAAGAAAAAUAUUUUAAAAAAUUGUCAUAAAAUUGCCGGUAGAUAUUAUUGUUAUUUAAUUGAGGCGCACUAUAGUGUUACAGAAUUAAUGAAUUGUGAUGUAGAAUUAUUAAAUGCAAUAUCAAUGGAUAUUUUUAAAAAAUGUAAUAUUAGAAUUUCAUUUAAUUAUAAACCAUCGUGGAUGGCAAUUGAAAGUUUAGGUGGUUGGUUAUAUUCAUUGCCAAAUGAAGAAACAACUGAAAUAUUAUGUGAUAAUAAAGAUCCUAAAUAUAUAAAAUUACGAAAUACAGGAUUUUUGAAAUUAUCAUCAAAAUGUGUUUUACGUACAAAAACUGUUACUUUAUAUCCAAUGAAAACAACAAUUAUUAAUUCUAAAUUUAAUAAUUUUUCACCAAUUGAAUUGAAUUUAAGUGAAAUUUCAUCAAUUUUAUUUAAUUAUUAUAAUAAUAAAAAAUUGCAAAUUUCAUCGUGUCCAAAUAAUAAAAAUGAUUGUAGUCUAUUGGAAUUGGAAACAUAUUUAAUGACUGACAAUAUUUGUGAAACAAAUGAAUUUUAUUAUUUUAUUUUCAUUAUUUUAGGAAUUUUAAUUAUUUUAUUAAUUAUUAUUAUUUUUAUUAUCAUUUUUAUGUGUAUAUUUUAUUCUCGAUAUAGUAGACAACUUAUUAGAAAAGAAAGUAAUGAAUCAGUGGAAAGUGAUUGUGAAGAAAGAACAACAAGAAAAUAUUUACCCCAAAGGACAUUAGUAUAAAAAUUAUAAAUUAAUAAAAAAUUCAUCUAAAUAAGAAUUGGGUAAAAUAAAAAAUUAGGCCAAAUAAGAUUUGGGUGUAAUGAAGAUUUAGCUAAAUAAGAAUUAGGUGAAAUAAAAAAAUUAUGCACAAUAAUAAUUAAGUUUAAUGAAGU